GGUGCCUCACCUCACAUAGCUGAAAACUGCGUGAGCGUACAAAAAAGGCUCCACGUCCCAUCCUCCCAUCACCUCCAACGUGUACUCUAAAUCCACCAUUCUCAGAUUCUUCUUUUCCACUGCUCAUUCUUCCAUUCUCUCCCAUCUUCAAUCGCACUACGCACGCCCUCUUCCAUGGCUUCCUCGCCACGCUCUAUUCACUGUCAGUUGCGCUCCUCCUUGCCCGACGUCCCGCCAAGAUCGCCUCCCGCUUCCGUUUCGCUUCCGAAACCUAAGUCCGCCGAUUCGGAUUCCCCGAAGAUCCUUCUACAGCCUCGUUUGUGCACUUUGAGAUCCUUUGGAUCCGAUCCGGUUGUUCCUAUUAAGGCUAAGAGCGUAGCCGCUGGAGAUGCUUCAGACGACGACGACGUUUCUCGGUUCUUCGCGACUCUGUCUGAGUACAUAGAGAGUUCGAAGGAUAGCCAUGAGUUCGAGAUCAUCUCCGGCCGCCUCGCCAUGAUUGUGUUUGCGGCCACCGUAACAAUGGAGGUGGUGACGGGAAAUUCAGUAUUCAGGAAGAUGGAUUUGGAGGGGAUUGAGGAAGCAGCAGGAGUUUGUUUGGGAGCUGUUACUCUGGCAACCAUUUUUGCAUUCUCCUCCAACGCUCGAAACAGAGUAGGUCGAAUCUUCAGCAUCAGCUGCAACACCUUCAUUGAUUCGCUUAUUGACCAGAUCGUCGACGGCCUUUUCUACGAAAACGAUCCCAGCGACUUGUACGAUGACAAUUGAAUGCUCCGGCGGAAUCAAAGAUAUGUAAGUAUGCAUAUAUAUAUAUAUAAUACAGUGUAAGUAUAUGAAUUUAUAGCUUCAUAUGAAGGAUUUUCUCUGAUCAAGUGACCAGAAUCGGAAAUAGUUGAAGUUUCAUGAUUGAAGAAGUGUCACUUGAUUAGAUGAAAUUUAGUAAAGAUGGGUUUUAAUGCAUAAAAAUUAGUAAUACAAAGGAUUUGGUAUUUAGGAAAAAUGUGUUGGAGAUCAUGCAAUGGACAGCAUCAGAUAUAGAGAAUAUAUUAUAUAAUUGUCGUUUUGGUUUCUUUAAA